AUGAGCGGUCAACAGCAAACCAAAACUCCAGAGAGAGCGGAGCUCAAGGAGGCGAUUAAACGCCAGGUUGAAUUCUAUUUUUCACGUGCUAAUUUGGCCAACGAUGCCUACCUUGUCUCGCAGAUGAAUUCACAAAUGUACGUGCCUGUAGAGGUCAUCAUUAACUUUUCUAAGAUCAAGCAGCUCACAGACAAUACGGCACUGUUAGUCGAGGCCGUGCAAGACUCGACGAUCUGCUCACUCAACUCGUCCAAGGACGCGGUCAAGCCUAAUAUUAAAUCUGAGCGCACUACCAUUAUUUUGCGCGAGAUCCCGUCUUCUACGAAGCCGGAAGAAGUUGAGGCUAUUUUUGAAGGCUGUGGCAAGGUUGUUAGUGUGCGUAGCGACGUUGGAGACACGUGGUUUGUGACUAUGACCUCGGAGUCGGAAGCAGUAAACACGCUGCUUGCUCUGCGCAGCAAAACAUUAAAUGGCGUUGCGAUAAAGGCCCGUUUGAAAUCAGAAAACGUACUCAAGUCUUUCUAUCCCGCGCAGCCCGCAGAGAACGUCAUCGCUCCCGGCGUAAGUGCACCGUAUGGCGGCCGCGGCUACUACUCCUCGCCCAAUAUGGGCUACUAUGACAUCUACGGCGUCCAAUAUAACUCAGUGAACCCGCGUGAGGAUCAAAACUACGGCAACAACAACGGGGCUGAAAACAGCCGAUAUGCAGGAAACAACCUGCGUGGUGGCGCUGCUGCUGGUCGUGGACAAGGCCGACAGAACCGGUCAAAUAAUGUUGGCGCGUACCAGCAGAAGGAAGGACGCGCUAAGAGCGGCAGCUUUGAGCAACGGGGAUCAGGUAGCUUUCGCAAGAACAAGGAAAAACGUUCGAAGGCGACGGCUUCACUGCAGACGAACGGAAGUAGCAAUGGUAAAAAGGCUGCUGCUGUUUCUGCUGAACGCCAACCUGUUUUGAACGCAGCGAACUUCCCUCCACUCCCUACGGCCCUGGAGAAGGAUGAAACGUCGAAAGUGAUUAUAUACAAGUACGCUCACGAGGACAUCAUGGAAAUUGUUAAGAACAUGGAUGAGAAGGAUUGCAUGCUGCCCGACGGAAAAAUGGACUAUGCAGCGCAUCCGGCUGCUCUUACCAUCGAGGCACACCCGGACUUGCUGCGCAAUCAGCGCACAUACAGUAUUGAGCAAGCUCGAGAUGCUAUGCGUCAAGGACGACCAAUCCGAAGUGAUUCGGUUGGAUCCAUUGACUAUGAAAGCAUGAUGUACGGUGAGGACUACACAAAGGAGGCUCGUGAGCAGCGCAAGCAGAAUUCGGAUAUUGCACCUGCCUCUACUGACGCUGCUCCCAUUGUUAAGCCAGCUGUUGCUGUGCCUGCGUCAACAGAGUCGGCAUCUGUACCUGCAAAGGUUGUCGGCUACGCUGCAGCUGUUAUUAACGGCACGCCAGCUUCCACUUCAGUUAUUGAACCGAAGAAGCAGCCCACUUCAAAGACCACCUCGAAAAGUGUUGUCAAGGAGGAGAAGAAGAAGCUUGUUAAAAAGGCGGUUAAGACUGCCGAAUGCGCGCCUAAAAAUGCUCCGAUAGGGGAUGAGACUCUUCCAAAGUCAGGUGCGUGGGGUGGCCGCAACUUCCUUGAUGUGGUAAAGACCGAUCCGCAAACUGUGUCUGUGAAAGCGACAACAGUUACUCCCGCUAGUGAUAGUGAGAGCAAGUAG